AUGUUUUUUUUUCCAUUGCCUUUUUCAGAACCAGUCCUGCGGCAUUUAAAAUGCAGACAGUCAACUGACAUUAAUGGCCACAAGACUAGAAACCGUUUUCCACUCAUUAAAAAAUCAUCCACAUUUACAGCAGGUCUUACUGUCCCCUCAACAGUUCAGCUCUCCAAGCAGAAAAUUGUUGUUAAGAGAUUGAAAACAAAACUAAAUCUUCUCACUUUCCCUUCUUUCUCCUCAUUUGAGUCUCACUUUCCCUUACUUUCCCUUUCCCUCUCCUCCUUUGAGUCCCUCUUUUGUCUCUCUUCCCUCUCCUCUAUUGAGUCUCUCUUUCCCUUACCAUCCUCCUCUUUGAAUCUCCCUUUCCCUCUCAUCUUUGAUCCCCCUCCUCUCUUCUCUAUUGAGUCUCCCUGUCCCUUUCCCCAUUUGAAAGUCAACAAUAUUGCUGUCACCCCAAAUGCAACAAUGAACUCCAGAAAUUCUAAUGAAAUGGCUGACCUGACAAACAAAAACAGAGAGGAAAAGAUUUCAAAAACAAAGGAAUUUGAUGGGUUGCAAGAAAAAGAAGAGGAAAAGGAAAAUGAGGAAUGGACAUCAGAAAUUACAGCAGCAGUUGAAGACAAAGCAGAAGAUGCCAAAAAUAUUGGUUCCUGUAAUCAAAACCAAGACAAUUACCAAAAUCAUCUGACUGGAAAUAAUCUAAAGCCAUUAACAGCAACACCAUUGGAAAAUGUGCCUUCAUCUGAACAAGACAUUUUAAAGGAGACAUUUAAUAAACUUGAUUCAGAUAAGGAUGGUCACCUCCUCUACAGCCAGCUGAAAUCUUUGCUUCCAGAAAAGUUUUCAAUAAAUCAAGAAAAAUUCAUUAAAGAGGUUUAUAACAUAACAUCCCAGAGUACGUUUUUUGGAAUUUCUGAAUUUUGGGGAAUGACUCAGCUGACAAAAAAUAUUGAAUCCUUGAGUGGGCCAGCCUUGGAAGCAUAUAAUCUUUUGAAUUUUGAUACAUUAAAUGAUUCUAUUUCUGAAUAUUUGACAGAUUUUCAGUAUGCAGAUCCAAGUUUCAAAGGGAAUCUUUCCUUGGAUGCCUUGUGUGCCUUACUCUCAAAACAUACAAAACAGAACUUACUAACUAACAAAGCUUCAUGGAACCAAGUUCUUUCCAAUAUUACAUUGACAGAUACUGACAGCAUUAGAAAAACCAACUUCUUGGCUCAUAUACCGUAUUUUCUGUCUCUUAUAUGA